GCCAAUGAGCGCGCGGAUAGCGGCGAUGAAGGCUGGGGCGGCGGGGAGCGCCCGGGACCCCCUCCGCCGCCGCCGCCGCGCCCCGGUGCCCCCGCGCCCCUGGGGCUGGAGACGGGGCGAAAGAGGCGCGGCGCCCGCGCCGGUCAUGGAGGCGUCUCUGACCCGCGCCGGCCGCCCGAGCUGCGCUCCGCGCCGCCGCCGCCGCCGCCGCGCCUCGAAGUUUGCCGGCUGACUCGGAAAGUUGCGCUCGGGCUCUGCCGCCGCGCGGCGUCCAACCUCCCGGCCUGCCCGGUUCGCCGCCGCAGCCGCCCUCCACGGGGCCCGGACCCCGUCUACACCCGCAGCCCCGCCUGCCGGGGGAUGUGAGCCGCGGCCUCCCCAAGAGGCCGGGCGGACUGCACCGGCCCGGGCGCCUCCCGAGGCACGCGCGGGCGAGGGGCACGCCCCGGGCCCGGGCAGCUCGGGUCGCCAUGGGCAUCCAGGGCAUGGAGCUGUGCGCCAUGGCCGUGGUGGUGCUGCUGUUCAUCGCCGUCCUCAAGCAGUUCGGCAUCCUGGAGCCCAUGUCCAUGGAAGAUAGCAGCGACAGUGAGCUGGAGCUGUCCACAGUGCGCCACCAGCCGGAGGGAUUGGACCAGCUGCAGGCACAGACCAAGUUCACCAAGAAGGAGCUGCAGUCCCUCUACAGGGGCUUCAAGAACGAGUGUCCCACAGGCCUGGUGGAUGAAGACACCUUCAAACUCAUUUACUCCCAGUUCUUCCCUCAGGGAGAUGCCACCACUUACGCACACUUCCUCUUCAACGCCUUCGACGCUGAUGGGAAUGGGGCCAUCCGCUUUGAGGACUUUGUGGUCGGCCUCUCCAUCCUUCUGCGAGGAACAGUCCAUGAGAAGCUCAAGUGGGCCUUUAAUCUCUACGACAUCAACAAGGACGGCUACAUCACCAAAGAGGAGAUGCUGGCCAUUAUGAAGUCCAUCUAUGACAUGAUGGGCCGCCACACGUACCCUGUCCUGCGGGAGGAUGCACCCCUGGAGCACGUGGAGAGGUUCUUCCAGAAAAUGGAUCGGAAUCAGGAUGGGGUGGUGACCAUUGAUGAGUUCUUGGAGACCUGUCAGAAGGAUGAGAACAUCAUGAGCUCCAUGCAGCUGUUUGAGAACGUCAUCUAGGCCGUGGCGGUGGGGAGGAGUCCUUGAGUGGCCAGUGCCACCUCUGCCCCCAAACAAAUCUCAGUCCUGCCGGGAGCAGCUUCCAUGAGAAACUUUUUUUCUAAUAUAUUUGCAAAAAGUGAACAGUCUGCUCUAGACACACACACAUAGAGCCUAUUCCUCUGGGCUGGGAGAGGGGGUGCCGAGGUCAGGGAGGGGCUGAGUCUGGCUGGCUGGGAGCCGGAUCCAGGUGACGAGAGCCGUACCACCUGGGGCCAGCCCCUGUCCAGGCCAGUGCAGUGGGGCUGCCCCCAGAGUGGGCACUGAGUGAGCCAUGUCUGCAGGCUGCUGGCUGCGAGGUACUGUCUGGAAAGUGCUCAAGGUCCCCUACAGAAGAGGGUCCAGUCUCCAAAAGGCCCCUCUCUUGUGAGUCCCCUUGCCCCUCCCUCCCAUCACCCUUCUUUCCCACCCCACAC